GACUGUAAUCAAGACCAAACCUGUUAUUCCUGAGAAAGUCUCUCUUUCGGUCUCAGCCCUGGGCGGUCCAGGUCUUCAUGCUGCUGUGGGUGACACUACUGGUCCUGGCUCCUGUCAGUGGACAGUGGGCUACCACAACCAAACCCAUUAUUUCCCUCCAUCCUCCAUGGGUCACCGUCUUCCAAGGAGAGACAGUGAAUCUGACUUGCAAUGGGUUUCACUACUCACCACAGAAAACAAAAUGGAAACGUUUGUAUCUGGGGACAGAAAUAGUAAUAAACACCCCAGGAGAUACCCUCGAGGUUCGUGAAUCUGGAGAGUACAGAUGCCAGACCGGGAGGUCCACCCUAAGUAACCCUGUGUGCUUGGUCUUUUCUUCAGCUUCGCUGAUCCUGCAGGCUCCCCUUUCUGUGUAUGAAGGAGACCUCAUGGUCCUGAGGUGCCGGGCAAAGGCAAGAGUAACACCAGACACUAUUUACAAGAACGGUGAAGCCCUGACAUCCCUGAAAGGAACCUCUGACUUCUCUAUUCGUGAUCCAAGUCUGAAGGACAAUGGUGCAUAUCACUGUACUGGGUUUACGGAAGGUCACUCCAUUUCUUCCAACAAAGUCCAAAUCCAAGUCCAAGAUCUGUUUCUACGUCCCGUGCUCAGAGUCAGCCUCUCCCAACCCCUGGAGGGAAGGUCCAUAACCCUGACCUGUGAGACCUGGCUCCCUCCACAGAGGUCAGAGGUCCAGCUCCAGUUCUGCUUCUUCAGAGACAGCCAGGCCCUGGGAUCAGGCUGGAGCAGCUCCCCAGAGCUCCAUAUCCCUGAAAUGUGGACUGAAGAUUCAGGGUCCUACUGGUGCCAGGCAGGAACCAAGAAUCACAGCAUCAUACACAGGAGCCGGAGUUCCCAGAUUCAUGUGCAGAGAGUUUUUGCCAACGUGCAAAUACACACUAUCCCAGCUUCCAAGUCGGUGUUUGAAGGUCAGGAUCUGGUGCUCAUCUGCUCAGUAGAUACAGUCCCAAGGCCCAUCACAGUCUCCUGGCACCGAAGAUUUAAAAACCGGAAUGAGAAAAUAAAGACUCCGACGUCCUCAGAAUUCAAGAUCUCCAUGGUGAAAAGCGGUGAUGCUGGAGACUAUUACUGUACAGCUAACUACAGACACAGGUCCUUCGUCAGCAAACCAGUGACCAUCGAGGUGAAAGUCCCCGUGUCUCAUCCUGUCCUUACCCUCAGCUCUCCUGGGGCCCUGGCUUUUGAGGGAACCAUCAUGACACUUCACUGUGAAGCCAAGAGAGGUUCUCCACGCAUCCUGUACCAUUUUUAUCAUGAGGAUGUCCCCCUGGGGAGCAGCUUAACCCCUUCUGGAAGCGGAGCAUCCUUCAGCUUAUCUCUGACCACAGAGCAUUCUGGAAACUACUACUGCACAGCUGACAAUGGCCUCGGCCCCCAGCGCAGUGAGGCGGUAAGCCUCUAUGUCACUGUUCCAGCGUCUCGCCCCGUCCUCACUGUUAGGACUCCCCGGGCCUGGGUUGUGGUGGGGGACGUGGUGGAGCUUCACUGUGAGGCCCUGAGAGGAUCUCCCCCGAUCCUGUACCAGUUUUAUCACAAGGAUGUCAGCCUGGGGAGCAGCUCAGCCACCUCUGGAGGGGGAGCAUCCUUCAACCUCUCUCUGACUGCAGAACAUUCUGGAAUCUACUCCUGUGAGGCCGACAAUGGCCUGGGAGCCCAGCGCAGUGACACAGUAUUACUCAGCGUUACUAUUCCAGUGUCUCACCCUGUCCUCCACCUGAGGGCUCCCCGGGCCCAGGCUGCGGUGGGAGACAUGGUGGAGCUUCACUGCGAGGCCACGAGAGGAUCUCCCCCAAUCUCAUACCAGUUUUAUCAUGACGAUGCCACCCUCGGGAGAAGCUUGGCCCGCUCUGGAGGAGGAGUAUCCUUCAGCCUCUCUCUGACUGCAGAACAUUCUGGAAACUACUCCUGUGAGGCUGACAAUGGCCUGGGGGCCCAGCGCAGUGAGGUGGUGACAUUAAAAGUCAUAGUUCCAGCGUCUCGCCCUGUCCUCACCCUCAAUGCUCCCCGGGCCCAGGCUGUGGUGGGGGACGUGGUGGAGCUUUGCUGUGAGGCCCUGAGAGGCUCUCCCCCGAUCCUGUACUGGUUUUACCAUGAAAACGUCACCUUGUGGAAUAGUUCAGCCCCCUCUGGAGGAGGAGCAUCCUUCAACCUCUCUCUGACUGCAGAACAUUCUGGAAACUACUCCUGUGAGGCCGACAAUGGCCUGGGGGCCCAGCGCAGUGAGGUGCUGACACUCAGCUUCACAUGGCUGACCGAAAACAGAAGGGGUCCUGUGGCCACAGGCAUCACUGGGGGACUACUCAGCACCAUGGGCCUUGCUGCUGGGGCACUGCUGGUCUACUUCUGGCUCUCAAGGAAAGCAGGGGGAAGGCUCACCUCUGACCCCUCCAGGAGCCCUUCAGACUUGGACCCCCAAGAGCCCACCUACCACAAUGUACCAGCCUGGAUAGAACUGCAGCCAGUGUACAGCAAUGUAAAUCCUAGAGGAGAAGACGUGGUUUACUGUGAAUUACAGAGCAUCCCGGAGAAAAACAGGCAUGCAGGGGCCUCUGCACCCCGGCUUCCCAGUAACAAGGACUCCUCCGUCAUCUACUCCCAGGUGAAGGUGGCAUCAACCCCAGCCUCCAGGACCCAGCUCUCAGCUUCCUCAGCUCCUCACAGAUGAGCCCACAUGUCUCCCCAACUGUGGUCUCAGCCUCUGCACCCCAAAGCUCUCCUUAGGGAU